CUAAAGGCAACAUUGUAUUAAACCUACUACCAAAUGAGUUUGAAAGGAAGGGCUUGACAAUUAAGAAUACACUCAUCAAACCAAAGGACGUUUUAAACUGACGGGUUGAUUCAAGGAAGACCAGUAGGAUAUCUUGGCUUAACUACAAGAUCUUUGACUACACAGUUCACCUAAAUACGAAUUUCCUGCAACAUUGCAUGCAGGACAGUGUUAACUCGGGGGUUGUUCAAAAGGUAGGGACCACAAACAAACCAAGCAAAGAUAGUCUGUGUUUGACAUUUUUGGGAAUUUGGCUUUGUAUAAAUUGCUCUCGGUUUAGGAAUUAUAUAUCGGGUAGCCUAACCGGAAUACCACACCGAGGUCUACACGGACAUCAUUUUUUCGACAUUGUUAUUGCUAGUUUAUAAGCUAAGGAUCUAGUUAGGUGGUGUUUUUUGAACGAAAUAGCGUAUUACGGUAAAACUCGAAUGUAGCGUUUUUAGAUCGUUCAUCAGGGACCAGCACAUCGGGAUAACUGCAGAUAUAAAUUUUGAAGAGGAGCAGCGAAGUGGGCACUUUCAUGGAUUAUCUGUGUUUCAGGACAUUGUGCUGUAAAGGGCCCCCGCCCCCCAGGCCCGAGUUUGACGUCGUGUGCAUCGGCCUGACUGGCUCAGGGAAGAGCAGUCUUCUCUCCUACCUCUGCAGCGAGACCAACCAACACAUCACCCCAACCACUGGUUUCAACAUCAAAGCCGUUCCAUUCCAGAAUGCCAUUUUGAACGUGAAGGAACUCGGAGGAGCGGACUCCAUUAAGAAGUACUGGAGCAGGUACUACCAGGGGUCCCAGGGAGUGGUGUUUGUCCUGGACAGCGCCGCGUCUGAGGACGACAUGGAGGGGGCUCGCACGGAGCUGCACUCUGCCCUGCACCAUCCUCAGCUCUGCACCCUCCCCUUCCUCAUCCUGGCCAACCACCAGGACAAGCCUGCUGCGCGCUCCGUACAGGAGAUAAAGAAGUAUUUUGAGCUGGAGCCCUUGGCCAGGGGGAAGAGCUGGGUUCUGGAGGGCAGCUCUGUGGACAGCAUGGAGGCCGUGAGGGAGAGCUUCAGCCAGCUCAUCCAGCUGCUGGAGGAGAAGGACCAGGAUCCAGGCCGGGUGUGAGAGUUCUUCACCAGCUCUGCUGGACCUGCUGGACCUCUCCAGGGGAACACACUCCCUCCAAACUACCAAGGACCUGCUCAACCACAGGAACCACCAACCCUCAUGUAACUCUGCGGAACCUGCACCAGGGAACAAGUCCCUACGACCAUGGCUGAGCCUGCUACUCACUAUUACUAUCCUGGGAACUACAAAUCCCAGAUGGAGCCACAGGAAGUUGUCACCCCCCCCCCCCCCCCCCCCCCCUGUGGGGUAGGCAGGGGAACUGGGACCAGAUUAGGAGCACCAUUGCGAACCAACCACAAAGACAUGGCUAACCACCGUAGAGCAACGGACCCCCCAGGACGACCACAGCUAACACUCACUCACACAUGCAAGCACAAGCACAUGCUGACGCUUGAUCCCCAACAGAUGUGGAUGCGUUAUACUGGAUAUGUCAUCCGUGUUUUUGUACCUGCGAUACUACGAAUUAUGGCAGAAACCAAAGAGAAGUUGGAAUGGGCUGUUCUCAGUUUUGGUUUCAUGGUGGAAUGAACAUAAAUUUACAGGGAAGCAAAAGUGUAGCUAGACAUUUCCCACACAAAUGAUGAAAUACUUGAAGGAAAAUUUAGAUAAGGGUUUUUUAUGUUAUUGUUUUAGUAUUUUUGGUUAUAUUAUUCAUUAUUUUACCAGUCUAACACUUUUAGAAUAGACUGUGUGGCAAAAAUAUAUAAACAUUUGAAAUGAAACAUUAUGAUAAUGUUUAAAUACUUAAUUGAUCCCAAUGAAGGUUGGGAUCACAUUUGAACCGGUACGGCAAACUAACGCAAAAUGUUGGACGAAUGCGUUACAUGAAAAUCAUUGCAGCUCCUGAGAAAGCUGCCCCAUUGACAAUUAAGGACUUCCGGUGUGUCACAGAGGGUUUGACGCAUCUGGUGGGGAUUAGGCGUUACAUACACACACACACACACACACUCACAAAGAUGAUCCAAUGCAAUAAGGACAUUUGACACUUUGAAGGAAGAUUACGUGUCUUCAGUGAGUUUGCCACCAUUGUUGGUCUUUGUGUCGGCGAGGUCCCUAGAAGCUGCACAUGGGUUCACGUCAUGGCAUAUGCUGGCCAUCUAGAAUAACUGGAAUAUUAUUUCACAUGGAGGAUUUCUCCAAUAACAUUUUAUCAAGUUACUGUUGUUAGGGUUAACACUUCAGGGCUUCAGGGUGUGAGUGUGUGGACAGCACACUGGGAUCUGGCAGUAGAAGAUCAGGGUAGAACAGACAAACACACGUCUGGCUGUUUCUCACUGUCAGAUUCCCUGCUGUGUCACUUCUUCCUGUUGGCUUACACCAACGUUCUAGAACAUAGAGCAGUCAGCACAACACUUGGACAGCGUAAAGAGUGUGCUUCUCAGUAAGUGUGUAUUUGGUGUGGGUCUGGAUUCUGUUGUCAGCCACAGGCGAUUCCAUUGUGUGUGUUUGUGUGAUCAUGUACCAGUGUGUGGGCCAGAACACCUACUUGUCUAUCGUGCCUCUAAUGCCGCCAAUCAGACGUUUGCAUAGUCAUAAUUGUUGCCAAUCAAUCGAUCACCUUUGCCAAUUCACUGAUAAUAUGAUGACCUCAUCACCCCACCGCCCACGCCACUUCCUGAGUCACAUGUUGCAAAGUACCCAGACUCCCCUCACUCACUCAACCUUCUUUUGUAGAUAUGUAUGUUAUUUAUAGAUUCUAUACAUUUUUUAUAUCCUAAUAGUCCAUUCACCUGCCUUUUUUAUAUAAUUACAUAUACUGUAUGUGUACAGUAUAUACUGUAUCUGCAAGCAUAUCUGUACAUGUGGUUACAGACAGUCUUGACUGCAUGUUGUUGUGUUUCUAGGGGGGUGGGGUCAUUUAGCAGACACGUGGCUUCCAGGCAUUCUGAAGCUCUACUCUGUGUAAAAUGUGAUUCAUGCAUCACUUCCUCUUGGCAACAUGGACAAUAAAGUCUAAACGGACAAAGCUUCCUUCUGAUCAAUACUAUCAUUGUGUUUGGUUGCUAUGAUGAAUGAAAGAGGCUGGGUUCUAAUUCAAACCAAAACGGCACCAUUUACAUAUCUUGAAACUUUUCUUGUCAUAAUAUUAGACUUUAAUGGGGUACUGAUGUACUCCAGGCUGGAGUAAACACAGAGGGCAGCUGACGUAAUUUAUGAUGAUGUAUUUCUGAUGCAAAUAACUACGUCAGCCCAGACCUAGAGGACUUUGACAUUCAUGAUGAUUUGCAGCCACAACCAUUAGCAGAGAGUUGCUAACCGUUUAAUAUUUACUUCCUAUAAAGGUUACAACCAUCCAACCCUUGAAAUGACUUGUUUGUGUCGAACCAAUUUUACUGUAGGCCUGAGCAUUGGUUUUUAUUCUACUAAUAGGCAUGCCACAGCAUCAUUGUUUAGCCUUUGGAUGACCCUCUGUGUCUGCCUCCAUCUCUCUAUCAUCUCUCUUAUCACUCACAUCAUACCUUUCAUACAUUUCUCUUAUGCAUCUAAGCCACCUCUCUAAGUGUACCAGCAGAAGCCUUUCUGCGCUUGGUAGUCAGGGAAGGAGGCUUACUGACUGCUGGUUGGCUGGCUGUCUGACUAACUGACUGACUGCUGGCUGUCUGACUGACUGACUAAAAGCUGGCUGUCUGACUGACUGACAGCUAGAUGGCUUGCUGGCUGACUGACUGCUGGCUGACUAACUGUUGGCUGGCUGACUGACUGAUUGUUGGCUGACUGACUGACUGACUGCUGGAUGGUUUGCUGGAUUUGAGAUCAGAAACAGAGUUGACACAUCCUGACGUCAUUACUUUCAGAUGAUAUCAAGUUCACAGAUUGGGUUAUUGAUUGGGUUGUACAAAUAUAUAUGGUGUGUCAGUAUCUGUUGCUGUCAAGGUGACAUCACAAAACGUAUUAA